CUCUCUCUCUCCAAUCCAUAAUUCAAAUCCACCUUAUCAAGAAUCAGAAAAAGAUAAAGAGAAAUAAAAAAGGUGAAUCCCUCCAAAGACUUAGUACACACACAACACACACCAGAAGGCUGAAAAUGGCGAAGAAAGAGAUGGAAGUGGUGAAGGGUUUGGAUGUGGAGAGGUACAUGGGGAGAUGGUACGAAAUAGCUUCAUUCCCGUCAAGAUUUCAGCCCAAGAAUGGUGUGGACACAAGAGCCACUUACACUCUGAAUCCUGAUGGGACUGUUCAUGUUCUGAACGAGACUUGGAGUGAUGGGAAGAGGGGUUAUAUCGAAGGCACUGCUUAUAAGGCUGAUCCCAAGAGCGAUGAGGCUAAGCUUAAAGUUAGAUUCUAUGUGCCCCCUUUUCUGCCUAUAAUUCCAGUCACUGGGGACUAUUGGGUUUUGUACAUUGAUGAUGAUUAUCAGUAUGCUUUGAUUGGUCAGCCCUCCAGGAGGUAUCUUUGGAUUCUGAGCAGGACACCUCGUCUCGAUGAGGAGAUAUACAACCAGCUCUUGGACAAGGCUAAAGAAGAGGGAUACGACGUGAGCAAGCUACACAUAACACCUCAUUCUGAUACUCCGCCGGAGAGCGAGGAUUCCCCGAAGGACACUAAAGGGAUUUGGUGGAUCAAAUCCAUAUUUGGGAAAUAGUAAGUGACUGCAUCGAUGUAAUCCUUUUUGAAAAGUAAAGGGCAUAGCUCUUAACAUUUGUAGUAUGAAGAUAUGCAUGUCUAAAGACUCUGUAUACGACGAUGACGAUGUGAAUGUGUAUUGUAGUUCUGGUCCUUUAAGGUGGAUGUAAUGUACUAUGUUGUUCUGUAUAUUGAGCUGUAUGGAUUAAGAGUUUGUAAGAGUUGGUUUGUCGAGACUUUCUUCUUUCUCGUGAGGUGGAUAAUGUAAAUGUUAUAUCUGUUGUGUUCAGUUAUAUGGUUAUACAUACUUUGACCUUA